UGUCUUUCGACAACAAUGGAGCAAGAGCUGCAGAUCGGAAAUGAAAGCCGUCUGAAUUAUGGAAGUGAAUGUCUCCUUUCUCCCUCUGUUGCACAAGAUGCCCCUGCUCCUUAUUCCUCACCCCAUGAACGACCCUCUGCGCCCCCCUUGGAGCUGAUGGAUGGUGCCACUGAAGAUGAAGGGGAAGAUUCAGGAGACUGUGGAAACAAAGGUUUACCUCCCCCAGCUGAUCAGGUGCCCGAAGGAGAGCACAAUGAUUCCAUUCCACCUCAGACAGAGUGGAGCAUUCUGUCUAUUUCUGAGCAUGUAGCCAGAGAAGCCUUAGUACAGUACACAGCCAAUAAGUGCUGCUAUCGGAUUGCCCCUGCAAAACGUAUGGUGGUCCAGAACCUGACUCCGCUCAACACAUUCAGAUAUCGUCUGCAAACCUUCACUGAAACCAGAGAAACAUUCCCGAUCAGCGAGCCUUAUAAUGGUGAAUUUGUGGACUCUUCUGAUGUUGCACCAGCACCUGCCCCGUGGUCAAUAGUAGUGGAUGCACCUCCUCUGUUUACGGAUUGUGAAAUGCACAUUCCAGUGCCGCACACAUAUUCAGUACAGGAUUGUCCUAAUUGCCAAGGACGUGGUAAGAAUCAGUGCCACUUGUGUAUUGGAUCUGGAAAGAGAAGAUGUACGGCUUGUAAUGGGACUGGCUGGCAAGACACAUCCAAUCAGAGUUGUUUAUUUUGCUCAGGUUCAGGAAAGAGACGUUGCUCAGACUGUCAUGGUGGCGGUUGGCAGAAAUGCAUCCGUUGCUCUGGAAAAGGCCUCUUGCUAUAUCAUUCUGAACUUACAAUCACUUGGAAGAACAGCGUGGCUGAAUAUGUUGUUGACAAGAAUUUUGGGUUUCCUAUUUAUCACCUGCAGGAAGUCACUGGGAAGGAAAUAUUUAGUGAUGAACAUCAAGUGGUGUAUCCUAUAGUGAAUUUCCCCGAGCCAACCAUUGAUAGGGGUUCAGAAUCAUGCAUUGCACAACACCAAAUGCAGUUUGCCUCCAAUAGUCAUAUAUUGAGACAGAAACAAACCAUUGAGCUGAUUCCACUCACCAAGGUGGAAUAUGAAUGGAGAGGAAAAGUCUAUUCCUUCUAUGUCUUUGGAAAUGAGAAUAAAGUGUAUACAGAGGACUACCCAGCAAAGUGCUGCUGUUCAGUCAUGUGA